AUGCUGAUGUCUGGGAUGCUCCAUCGCCUCCUCCUGGCUGGGACCUGUCUCUGUGUCUAUGGAACCCCUGUCCACCUCUCAAACUUCACUCCCACUCAGGGCAAUGACUGUGAUGGGGAGUGUGCCAGCUCAGUAACAACUGUCGGGUCAACACACAGCACAGAUGUAAAGUCUAAACCGUCUGAUACAGAACAUGUGACUGGCCUGAUACUGGAUGUAGGUGCAGGAGGAGGUGCUGGCCCACAUGGGCGACCUGAGGGGAUAGCUCCAGUGACGCAGACAGAAAACGGGGACAGCCUUGAUGGAAGAUUUGGGCCGAGUGAGGCUGGCGGUGAGGCAUGGAGCCAAAGGAGCAAGGUAAAGAAGGUCAGGAGCUCAUCUGAGAUGGGAGACGCUGACAGACAGUCGGAGGCAGUUUCAUUGCUGUCUGUGGGAUCAGAGAGUACUGAGGACGACGCACCUGUCAUCGAUGAGCGUAAAUCAGCUUCUACAGGUGGGAAAACGCAGCUGGACAUAGACAUGACUACUCCAAGACUGAAUCCAGGUGGAUUUCUGGCCUCCUCUACAGCGCCACCACAGUUGGAGACUUCAUACAACCAAAAGAACAACCAAGGUGGGGUGGACAGAACAAGAGUCCCAGGUGGAGGCGAUUCCCUCCAGGAUAAAGACCCAGAAACAAGUGCACCAUCCUUUACAGAACCUCCAAACCCUUCAGCACGGAUCCAGAGAGUGACCUCCCACGGUCCCAUCCUUCCUUCGGUCUUUGCCUCCCCUCGGACCUCCACACCUCUGACAAUUUGGGGCCAUGAUGGAGCUACACUAUCCUCACUCCCUGACCCCUUGUUACCCGAAAUCGGACCAAACCUGAUGCCCAGAGAGGAUGGACCAGAAAGCCUGUGGACUGAGGCGGCGAGACCUGGCGGAGUGGACACUGUGGUCCCACUGUCUCAGGAUGAAGCCACUGAGGGCACCAUGUCAUCAGAGGCUCUCCCUCUCAUCUUUGAGCCUUUUGAAGAUGUCACGCCAGACGGGGCAGCAGCAGCAGCCGCAACAGCAGCGGCAGUGGUCACGCUGGUGCCCGGCAGCGCUCAGACUCCUGCUGCCAUGGUGACCGAAGGAAUGCCUCUGUCAGAGGUGGACCUGGACCAGCUGGUCACCGUGGAGACAGACAGCGACGGUCCCUCGCACGCCCCACCCUUGCUGAUGCCAGACUGGACGUCACCUUGGCAGACAUCCGGCGCCGAGCUCCUGGAACCAAUCAGCCCCUCGGUUCCAUCUGUUUCACAGCGGCAGGCCGGAACUGAGCCGGAGGAUCGUUCUGAGAGAGUUGCUGUGAGGACACCAGACCUUGAAGAGAACCUGCCCACUACUGGCCCCUCCCUGUCAUCCUUCCAGCAUGCUAUGACAACGGUUACCAUGGCAGCCCAUCAGCCUGUGCACAAAUCUAGAUCAGGGUUAGAGGAGAUGGAAUCUGAGGAGGAGCCAGAUGAGGAUGAGGAGGAUGAGAACUCUGAGGAAUCGGUGGAAGACGAAAGUGAAGAGAACCUGACGGAAACACCUAAAACAUCCUCAACGCAGCCUCCAUACAGCCUCAUCCCGCCUCCUCCGGUCUGGGUUCAACGCAACCAGGGCCUGAUGCGGAGCUGGGUAGAGCUGAUUAGAGAAAAGGCUGGUUAUGUGUCUGGGAUGUUGGCCCCCGUGGGCAUCGGCAUCACAGGGGCCUUACUAAUUGUCGGCGCCCUCUACAGCAUCAGGAUGAUUCACCGCAAGAGGAGGAACAGCUUCAAACACCAGAGGAGGAAGGUCAGACAGCCAGAGCAACCUCGAGAGCCCAGUACAAGCCGACAGGACCAGGCCAUGCUGCUGGCCGACAGCUCCGAAGACGAAUUCUGA